UGACACUAUCACAAAUUUAAUGGUAGCGUAGGCAAUUAAGCACGGAAUCUAUAGCUGACCCGGCGAGCUGAUCUGCUCUACCCGCGUGUUCCUUUCUUGCCUUCGGGCUCACCACCUACCCCGGCCCCGAUCCUCCAUGGCCGCCCUCACCUUGCCGCCGACCAACGCCGCCGGCCAGACCGCCACCCAGGAAGGCUCAGCAGGGAAGCCUACCGACGGCGCUGCAGAUUCAGCCGCCAUGGAUUCAGGGUGGGUUGUUCUUGGGAAAUCGGACAUCGUCCCGGCGGAUUUGGCCGCGGCCGCCUCGGCCGUGGGGCACCAACGCCUCAAUUUCUCACCGCUGCCGAUGAUACCUAUCUGGGUGCAGAUGGUCCUUGGGGGCGUGGUUUACACUGCUGUGCCGUUCUACAAGAGGGCCAGGAAGAUCGAAGGUGAAACGUUAAACAAUGCGGAAACUGCAGUGGAGGUUGUGGAGCAUGUUGCUGAGGUGACAGAGAAGCUAGCUGCCAAUGCAGCUGAGUCCCUACCAGAGAACGGGUCUCUGCAGAAGUUUGCUGUGGAGAUUGAGUACAUUGCUGAAGUGGUGGAUAAGGACGCACAUAAGGUUGAAGUGGUCAUUAAGAAGAUUGAAGAGGUGAGUGACAAGAUUGAUGCUGCCGUGGAGCCUGUCAUUGAAGCGCUCGAGAAAGACUUCAAACCGAACCCAACGUCCUCUACUGGAUCAGAUGCUCAGAAAUAAUAGUUCAUGUAGAAAACUGAAGUGUUGGUUGUUGUAAAUAUGGUUGAUUUUUCUUUCUUCUUUGUGAAUCCCUUCAUGUAAAUAUGCUUAAGAUGCCUUAUUGACUAGAAACUCAUCAUGGUAUAGUAACACAUGGUGAUGGUGUGUAUGCUGGGUGCUCGAAUCUGGAGUGUCCUGAUGGUCAACAUGUAUUCACAUCAAUUACACACUGGAAUUUGGAAUAUUGCAUAGCUGUUGUGUUGCAAUCA